CAUUGGCAUGUUCAUUGGUACAAUCAUCUUCGUCAUUGGUACUCCAAGAUAUCGCGUUCAUGCUGUUCAGAAAACUGAUCCAAUUUGUAGUGUCGUCAAGGUUUUUGUAGCAGCAUACAAGAACCGUAAACUUAACCUCCCUGAGAAUCUAAAGCAACUGUAUGAAAUCCCUUAUGCUCAGGAUGUAGAUUUUCUGCCGCAUACCGAUACUUUCAGAUUCUUGGACAAGGCAGCAAUCCAGCAGUCAGGAGAACAAAACUCAGGCCUCUGCAGGGUGAGCCAAGUUGAGGCCACAAAGAUCAUCCUCUCAAUGAUCCCCAUUUUCCUUAGUACCAUCAUCACAAGCAUAUGCCUAACUGACUUCUUAAACUACUCCAUCAACCAAGGCAUAACCAUGGACUAUUACCUCAACAAUCUAGAAGUCCCAGCCACACCCUUCUUAGGCUAUCUCUUCAUGGCCUUCCUCAUUCCCCUUUACCAUUACGUCUUUGUCCCCUUUGCCCGUAAGUUCACCGGGCUCAGCACGGGCAUCACGCACCUCCAACGCGUCAGUUCUGGCAUAGUGUUCUCGAUCAUAGCAAUGAUUGCAGGCGCAAUUCUUGAGGUGAAGCGCAAAAAUGUUGCAGAAUCACAUAAUAUGGUGGAUGCGAUACCGUUACAAGAGCUUCUGCCAAUAAGUUUCUUCUGGCUUUCGUUCCAGUAUUUCUUCUAUGGGAUAUCACAGGUGCUCAUAUUUGUCGGGCUUCUUGAGUUUUUCUACUCGGAGGCACCAAGAGGUCUCAAGUCGAGCGCAACGUGUUUUCUGUGGAUAUCGACUGCUAUUGGGUAUUUUAUGAGCAAUGUUGUGGUUGACUGGGUGAAUGAUGCGACGGAGAAUAAUACGGCUACUGGAGGGUGGCUUGUUGGCUUCAAUAUUAACAGGAAUCAUGUGAAUUACUUUUACUGGAUGCUUGCAGUGCUUAGUUUUAUCAACUUGUUAAUCUUCAUGCUCUGGGCGAGGUGGUAUAAGUACAGGUCUCAGAACUCUAAGGUCAGAGUCACGGAUGAGAAUGUUGCAGUGUGAUUUUAGUUUUUCUUUAGGAAUGGUCUUUUUCCCCCCUUCCUUUUUUCAAAGGAAAUAUAAGAAUGGUCUUGUUGUAUGAUAUAUGAAUGCAGUACUGUAAGUAUACUUUGCUGGUAAUUUUCUUUUGCUUUGUUCUGAAUGCGA